AUGCAUGUGUGUAUAUGUGUAUAUAUGUAUAUAUACGCAUGCAUGUGUGUAUAUGUGUAUAUAUGUAUAUAUACGCAUGCGUGUGUAUAUGUGUAUAUAUGUAUAUAUACGCAUGCGUGUGUAUAUGUGUAUAUAUGUAUACGCAUGCGUGUGUAUAUGUGUAUAUAUGUAUAUAUAUGCAUGCGUGUGUAUAUGUGUAUAUAUGUAUAUAUACGCACAUAUAUACAUACAUGUACACAUGUAUGUGUAUAUAUGUGUAUAUAUGUAUGUAUGUAUAUGUAUGUAUAUAUGUGUAUAUAUGUGUAUAUGUGUGUGUGUAUAUGUAUAUAUGUAUAUAUGUGUGUGUAUAUGUAUAUAUGUGUAUAUGUAUAUGUAUAUAUGUAUAUAUGUAUAUAUGUAUAUGUAUAU